AUGGAGAAUCAAGAGUACGCGGAAAAACUCAGACCAUUCCAGGAAGGUCUGGGACAUAAGCCGGACGCGGUAGAGACGCGGGCCCGGUAUCUGGUCGGCGGCGGACAAAAUCGGCGCCGGUUCGACACGGAGGGCACGACGAAACGGUUCCAGCACCUACUUGGUCUGAGCCCGCUGUUCCGGCAUUUCAUUGAGCGCAAGGCGGCGAAGGACGAGCGGUUCGGGCAGGUGCUGCGGGUGCUGGACGACGGGCGGCAGGCGGGGCGGCACGAGGACAAGCGGCGGCGCAAGACAGAGCGCGAGGAGGACGCGGAGCUGCUGCGCGAGGAGGACGCGGAGCUGCUGCGCGAGGAGGAGGAGGGCCCGGACGCGGCAGCAGCCGACUACGAGUUUCAGUUCCGCGAGUCGCCGGGCUUUGUGGACGGGCGCCUGCGGCCUUACCAGGUGCAGGGCGUGAACUGGCUGGUAUCGCUGCAUAAGAACAAUUUGGCAGGCAUCCUGGCGGACGAGAUGGGGCUGGGGAAGACUCUGCAGACGAUCACGUUUCUGGGCUACCUGCGCUACAUCGAGAAGAAGCGCGGCCCGUUUUUGGUCAUUGCGCCGAAGUCGACCUUGAACAACUGGCAGCGGGAAAUCAACCGCUGGACGCCGGACGUAGACGCGUUCAUCUUGCAGGGCGACAAGGAAGAGCGCGCCCGCCUGUGCCAAGAGCGGCUCCUCGCGUGCAACUUCGACGUCGCCAUUGCAUCCUACGAGAUCAUCAUUCGCGAGAAGGCCUCCUUUAAGAAAAUAGAUUGGGAGUAUAUUGUGAUCGACGAGGCUCACCGGAUCAAGAACGAGGAAUCGAUGCUGUCACAGGUGCUGAGGGAGUUCAGCUCGCGAAACCGCUUACUGAUCACGGGGACCCCGCUACAGAAUAACCUGCACGAGCUGUGGGCCUUGCUGAACUUCCUGCUCCCGGACAUCUUUUCGGACUCGGCCGCGUUUGACGAGUGGUUUUCCUCAGAGGCAUCUGAUGACGAUAAGGACAAGAUCGUCAAGCAGCUCCACACGAUCCUCCAGCCGUUCCUCCUGCGCCGUAUUAAGAGUGACGUCGAGACAUCCUUGUUACCGAAGAAGGAGCUGAAUUUGUAUGUUGGGAUGUCUAGCAUGCAACGCAAGUGGUACAAACAGAUACUAGAGAAGGAUUUAGAUGCUGUGAACGGGUCGAACGGUUCGAAGGAAUCAAAGACGAGGUUGUUGAAUAUAAUGAUGCAGCUGAGAAAGUGCUGUAACCACCCGUACUUGUUUGAUGGCGCCGAACCCGGACCACCUUAUACCACCGAUGAACACUUAGUUUACAAUUCAGCAAAAUUGAAGGUUUUAGAUAAGUUAUUGAAAAAAUUGAAGGAGGACGGUUCACGUGUACUAAUUUUCAGUCAGAUGUCCAGGUUGCUAGAUAUACUGGAAGACUACUGCUAUUUCAGGGGGUACGAGUACUGUAGGAUUGAUGGCUCCACGGCGCACGAAGAUCGUAUCGAGGCAAUUGAUGAAUAUAAUGCUCCGGAUUCCCGGAAGUUCAUAUUCUUGCUCACCACGCGAGCAGGUGGUUUGGGUAUCAACUUAACUACAGCAGAUGUGGUUGUUCUGUAUGAUUCGGACUGGAACCCUCAGGCUGACUUGCAAGCUAUGGACAGGGCGCAUAGAAUCGGGCAGAAGAAGCAGGUGAAGGUCUUUAGGCUAGUGACAGACAACUCGGUUGAGGAAAAGAUCCUAGAGAGAGCUACACAGAAGUUAAGAUUAGACCAGUUGGUUAUACAGCAAGGCCGAACGUCUAUAUCCAAGAAAGAAAACGCAAAGGACGCGAAGGAUGCGCUUCUGUCUAUGAUCCAGCAUGGUGCUGUGGACAUGUUUAGAAGCACUGACACCAGCAACGCCUCUAGCGCUAAGGGAACCCCACAACCGGAAACAGGCGACAAGGAUGAUGAAGUAGACCUUGAAUCUUUGCUAAACAAAUCUGAAAAUAAAACCAAAUCCUUGAAUGAAAAGUAUGCUGCUCUGGGUCUCGAUCAAUUGCAGAAAUUCAAUCAGGACUCCGCCUACGAAUGGGAUGGACAAAAUUUCAAGAAGAAGCUCACCAAGGACAUCAUCAACCCCCUCUGGAUAGAACCAACCAAACGUGAGAGGAAGGAGAACUAUUCCAUUGACAACUACUACAAGGGCGUCUUAAACACUGGUGGGGCGCGGCCUAACCAGGCGGCGGUACCAAGAAUGCCGAAGCCACAGCCGUUCAACAGCCAUCAAUUACUUCCACCUCAAUUAAAGAUACUAUAUGAGAAGGAAAGGAUGUGGAUGGCGAAGCGAACAAAGUAUACCCCAACUAUGGAGGACGUGAAGACCACCUAUGGUGACAUCGAAUCGGAGGAAGAAAGGGCUUCGAAGCUGGAGCUCCUAAAAAUAGCGGUGGCCAAUGCUCAACCUUUGACGGAGGAGGAAGAGAAGAAUAAGGCAGAGUGGGAACGUGAGGGCUUCCAUAACUGGAAUAAGCUAGAAUUCCGUCGCUUCAUCACAGCCAGCGGCAAGUAUGGCAGAAACUCCAUCAAGGCUAUCACCGCAGAGCUGGGGGGUACCAAAACCGAAGAAGAAGUCCGCGCAUACGCGGAGGCUUUUUGGACGCAUUUGGAAAGGAUAGAGGACUAUGAGAAGUAUGUCAAAGCUAUCGAGACGGAGGAAGAAAAACUCAAACGAGUCAAGAUGCAGCAGGAGGCAUUACGGCGAAAGAUCAGUCAGUGCACCAAUCCACUCUUUGAUCUUUCCCUGAAGCACCCUCCGUCUUCAAACAACAAGAGGACGUUUUCCGAGGAGGAAGACCGCUUCAUCUUAAUCAUGCUAUUCAAGUAUGGCCUGGAUAGAGAGAACGUAUACGAGCUGAUCCGAGACGAGAUAAGGGACUGUCCUCUCUUCGAACUCGACUUCUACUUCCAGAGCAGGACACCCGCAGAACUGCAGAGACGAGCCUUCACGCUGCUCCAAUGUUUGGAGAAAGAGUUUAGCACUGGCGUGGUGCUAGAUGACGCGAUGAAGGCAAGAAUGAAGGAGGAGGACACUGCAGCCGAGAAAUUGCGCGCGGAGGAGGCUAAGCGCAUAAAGGAAGAAGAGGAUGCAGAAAAGGAACGCGAAUCCCCCAUGCCAGUGCAUGUAGACGCUGUGGCUGACCCAGUGGCUGAAGUCCCUACAGCCAACGAGGAUGGUCCGGAGGCUAAGAAGCCAAGAAUAGAGUAG